AUGCGUUCUAUCAGCGUCCUCCUCGCCCUCCUCUUCGCUUUCGCCACAACCUCGUACGCUUUCCCCAGCCCCAACUCGAAUCUCCCUACCCUCCUCUAUCCGCGCAAACACGGCAACAACAACAAUAGCACCGCCUCCACCGGACGCGCCCUCAAGAAACAAUGCAACAAAAUCAGCAAGCUUACCAAGCUCACCUCUCUCGCUUCCAACCAAACCAAGAUCGACCAGCUAGUCGCCCAAGGAAGAAUGACCACCGCCGAUGUCACCAAACUCCAAGCCAAAGCCGCAAAUGCCACAAUCACUCUGCAAUCCCUGGAAUCUAACUCGACCCUUGUCGCUGAAUGCAACGCCGUAAGUGCGCACCAGAAGGACGUCAAACAGUGCAAUCAACUACAGCGUCUUACGAGUCUCGUUGCGCUGGCGGGCAACCAAACAAUUCUGGAUGAGCUUGCUACCAAGAAAGGGGUGAAUGAGACGAGGCUUGAGGAAAAGCUUGCCAAAGCGGAGACCAAGCUGAAGGAGAUGGAGACGAAUACUACUCUGACGGAUUUCUGUGCGCAGAGGAAGGCUCAGUAG